CGCGUAAAAUUGGUCCGCAGAUAAGAUUACGGCUGGGGGACCGACGAAGCAAUACCGUAGCGAUCCCUGCUUUUCUCGCCACCACGGGAGCAGGACUGCCGGUCCUCAGGAUGCUUAUUCUGGAGAACUUCAUCAACGGCAAGUUCGAGUCAGCGGCGGAGACCAUCGACAAUGUGGACCCGUCCACGGGAGUCGUCUACUCGCGCCUGCCCAACAGCGGAUCGCGCGAGGUCGACAAGGCAGUGCACGCUGCCACGCAGGCCUUUCCCACGUGGUCGACCAAGUCUCCGGCAGAGCGCUCCAAGUUCCUCAACCGCAUCGCCGACCUGAUCGAGAGCCGAAUGGACGAGUUUGCGCAGGCCGAGUCCCGAGACCAAGGCAAACCCAUUUGGCUGGCGCGAACCGUGGACAUCCCUCGUGCGGUGCACAACUUCCGACACUUCGCCACCACUGUCCAGUGCGACCGGGAGAUGGCGAUUCCCCAGGAGACGUCCAACCUGCUUCACUACACGGUCCGCUCUUCUGUGGGCGUGGUAGUGGUGAUCACGCCGUGGAACCUGCCGCUGUACCUGCUCACUUUCAAGCUGGCGCCAGCCAUGGUGUACGGGAACACGGUGGUGGCCAAGCCGAGCGAGCUGACCUCCGUCACCGCGUGGAUGCUCGCCAAGGUGUUUGUGGACGCCGGUCUUCCUGCAGGCGUGGUGAAUUUCGUCUUCGGCUACGGACAGAUCGUUGGCGAUGCCCUUGUGCGCCACCCAAACACUAAGGCCAUCUCAUUCACUGGCAGCACCAAGACGGGCACCACCAUCGCUCAAAUGGCAGCACCAUACGCUAAGAAGCUCUCACUGGAGAUGGGUGGCAAGAAUGCGGCCGUCGUGUUUGAGGACGCUGAUCUCAAGAAGUGCAUCGCCACGCUUAUAAAGGCCAGUUUUCUGAACCAAGGCGAGGUAUGUCUCUGCACGAGCCGCAUUUACGUCCACAAGAAAAUCUACCAGAAGUUCACCGACAUGUUUGUCCAGGAAGCAAGGAAGCUGAAAGUUGGUCCGCCGCAGAACGAGUCCGUUUUCAUGGGUGCGCUGGUCAGCAAGGAGCAUCUGGACAAAGUCAAAUUCUACAUCAAGCUCGCUAUGGAGGAUGGUGGCAAGGUGCUCUGCGGAGGUCUCAGUGAAGAUCCAGAGUUUCCCAAGGAGAAUAAGAAUGGUUAUUUCUUGCUGCCCACCGUCAUCACUGACCUACCACAUGCCUCACGCUGUAUCCAAGAGGAGAUCUUCGGGCCGGUCACCUGCCUGACCCCAUUUGAGAGUGACCUCGAGGUAGUUGAGAAGGUGAAUGGUGUGCCAUAUGGACUUUGCGCCAGCAUCUGGUCCAAGGAUGUCUCCCGCAUACACAAGAUUGCUCAGCAACUUGAGGUUGGCACGAUAUGGUGCAACUGUUGGAUGGUGCGGCACCUGCACAUGCCAUUUGGAGGGAUGAAGAUGUCCGGCAUUGGACGUGAAGGCACGGAUGCUUCCAAGGAGUUCUACACAGAAGUCAGAACAGUCUGUCUGGAUUACAGCUGAAGCAUGGUGGCUGACUAAAAAUGUAGCCCAGCAAUAAAAAUUCAGGAUGGACAAGG